AUGGCGGAGACUAUUUCAGUAACGAUCCAGCCGAUUGACGGUGCGGAAAACCGUGGUUCUACGAUCGAAAGCUAUGAGAUGGACAGUGCGAAAUGUAGUGCUCCGGUGAAAGUGACGGUCGAUGGCUUUGGCACGGUCGCGCAUCCGAAAACCGGUGCCAUAGAGACGGUGAAGCGGUUCACCUGGCGUAAUAAGGCCGGCGUUACAGUGCAGGUCAUCUCGUACGGUGCCAUUAUCACGUCGGUUAGUGUGCCCGACAGAAAUGGCCGGUUCGAUGAUGUGGUGCUUGGGUUCGACGACAUUCCGGGGUACCUGGCACCGAAUAAUCCUUACUUCGGGGCCACAAUUGGGCGCAUUGCGAACCGCGUUGGUGGUGGCCGUUUCACGCUGAACGGUCAGGUUUAUGAGGUUACUAAAAAUUUUGAAAACCGCCACCAGCUGCAUGGUGGAGCCAUUGGGUUCGACAAGUACAACUGGGACUCGCAUGUUGACGGAUCGGUGGUAACACUGACGCACACCUCCCCGGAUGGGGACGAAGGAUAUCCGGGUGCCGUCAUGGUGAGCGUAAGGUACGAGCUGACGGACGACAACCGGCUCGUGGCGCAGUUUCGUGCCGUGUCUACCCAACCGACGCCCAUCAACCUAACCAACCAUUCGUACUUCAAUCUGGCCGGACAUAGCACCGGGCACGAAGAAAUCUAUCGCCACAUUUUAAGCGUGAACGCGGAUAAGAUUACCGACACGGAUGAAGAUUCGAUACCGACUGGGAAGUUUAUCUGCGUCGGUGGCACGCCUUACGAUUUGCGCAUCCCUCGCGAGCUCGGGCCGGCUAUGUCGAAAACGAUGAGUGGAGGGUUCGAUGACAAUUUCUGCAUUACGAAGGGCACCGAACAGGGUCUUACGUUCGUGGCCCGUGCGCUCCAUCCGCACAGUGGACGAGUGAUGGAGGUGUACAGCGACCAGCCGGGUGUUCAGCUCUACACCAGUAAUUCUAUGCCGGAUCCAAACAAUAAUAUACGCCCACGGUCGAUGAACACGGUCAAUUUUUACGAACUGACAACGCUGGAACCCAUCGUCAAAGACGGGGCCGCUGAGCCACCGAUACGGGGUAAAGCGGGAGCGAAGUAUUUCAAGCACGGUGCAUUCUGCUUCGAAACGCAAAACUUCCCCGACGCAAUCAAUCACGCCAACUUCCCAACGUCCGUGCUGAACCCGGGGGCCGAAUACGUGCACGAGGUGCAGUACAAGUUUCUUACUAAGAACGAGGACCAUGUAGAGGUUGCAGUUUCAAAAUCAGAGUAAAAUAAAAG